CAGUUCCUUGCUCCGCGACCUCAGGCCGGGAGGUGAAAUCUGGGGAAGCCAAGAGGAAGACACUAGGGAGCCCCACGGCCCGCGAACCUCCACCUUCCAGUUAGGGGUCCUGCAGGAAACGGGGCGCACGCCUCAGUUUGCCGUUGGGUUUCCUCCCAACCGUCGGAAGGGGCGCGAGCUCGCGGCAAGCCGUGGGGACCCGGAGCAGGACGUCCGCGGUGGUCGUCGAGCCCCUGCACGCCCCCACCUGCGGUCCCGUCCCGAACCUGCGGCGCGCCCGCCCUCCUCAGCCCGCCCCCGAGGGCAGGAUUGGCCCAGACCCUCCCCGCGUCGCGAUCGUUUGUGCGCGCCGCCGCCCAUUGGCGCUCAGGGCCGAGCCCGGGAGGAGGCGGGCGGCCGCUUGGAUCUAAAGGCGGCUGCAAAAGCUGCAGUGAGAGUUGGGACCUCGGCGGUUCCCGGAAUAGGUGCCGGCGCCGCGUCCCGGCGGGAUCGAGCUGCUGCGCCUCCUCUAGUGAGCCGGAGGUCUCUCGGCGCCCGCCACCCUCACCAUGGAGCCCCCAUCCACACCCCAGGGGUCCUUAAAGAAGUUCCUGGAACCUCGCUCCGGGGCCGGCAAAGCCAUCGGAGUUCUGACCAGCGGCGGGGAUGCCCAAGGUAUGAAUGCUGCUGUUCGCGCUGUAGUGCGCAUGGGAAUAUACGUGGGAGCCAAAGUGUAUUUUAUCUAUGAGGGUUACCAAGGGAUGGUAGAUGGCGGUUCCAAUAUUGUUGAAGCCUCGUGGGAAAGUGUCUCAAGCAUUCUACAAGUGGGAGGGACAAUUAUUGGCAGUGCACGUUGCCAAGCGUUUCGCACUCGGGAAGGUCGCUUAAAAGCUGCUCAUAACUUGGUCCAGCUCGGAAUUACAAAUCUGUGUGUGAUUGGUGGGGAUGGAAGUUUAACAGGGGCCAAUAUCUUCCGGAAAGAAUGGAGUGGACUACUAGAAGAGUUGGCUGAAAAUGGCAAGAUUGAUGCAGACGCCGUGAAGGAGUAUUCUUACCUCAAUGUUGUGGGGAUGGUUGGCUCCAUAGACAACGACUUCUGUGGGACAGACAUGACGAUCGGCACUGACUCUGCUUUGCACAGAAUUAUUGAAGUUGUUGAUGCCAUCAUGACUACUGCCCAGAGCCACCAGAGGACAUUUGUUCUUGAGGUUAUGGGGAGACACUGUGGGUAUUUAGCCCUGGUUAGUGCCUUGGCCUGUGGGGCAGAUUGGGUGUUUCUUCCUGAAUAUCCACCCAAAGAAGGUUGGGAGGAAGAGAUGUGCCUUAAACUGUCAGAGAACCGUGCCCGAAAGAAAAGGCUGAAUAUUAUUAUUGUGGCUGAAGGAGCAAUUGAUACCCAAAAUAGACCUAUUACUUCUGAGGAAGUCAAGGAACUUGUAGUUAAGCAGCUGGGAUAUGACACUCGUGUGACGAUACUGGGACAUGUGCAGAGAGGAGGAACCCCUUCAGCUUUCGACAGGAUUUUGGCCAGUCGCAUGGGGGUGGAGGCUGUCAUCGCCCUCCUGGAAGCCACCCCAGAGACCCCUGCUUGUGUUGUUUCCUUGAGCGGGAAUCAUGCUAUGCGCCUGCCCCUGAUGGAGUGCGUGCAGAUGACCCAGGAGGUACAAAAGGCAAUGGAUGAAAGAAGGUUUCAAGCGGCUGUACAGCUUCGAGGAAGGAACUUUGAGAGCAACCUGAACACCUACAAGCAGCUCUCCAGCAAGCUUCCCGAUGACCAGAUCGUAAAGAGCAACUGCAAUGUGGCGAUUAUAAACGUGGGCGCCCCGGCGGCUGGAAUGAACGCCGCCGUGCGCUCGGCGGUCCGGGUGGGGAUAUCCAACGGCCACAAAAUGUUUGCGGUCUACGAUAGCUUUGAGGGAUUUUCUCAAGGCCAUAUUAAAGAAAUCAGCUGGGGAGAUGUUGGAGGCUGGACUGGCCAAGGAGGAUCGAUUCUUGGGACAAAACGUGCACUACCUGGGAAGUAUCUAGAGAAGAUUGCUGAGCAGAUGCGUAUUCACAGUAUCAACGCCCUGUUGAUUAUUGGCGGAUUUGAGGCCUACCUGGGACUGCUAGAACUGUCUGCUGCCCGAGAGAAGCAUGAGGAGUUCUGUGUUCCCAUGGUUAUGGUUCCUGCUACUGUCUCCAACAAUGUACCCGGUUCAGAUUUCAGCAUUGGUGCAGACACUGCUCUGAACACUAUCACCGAUACCUGUGACCGCAUCAAACAGUCGGCCAGUGGGACCAAGCGCCGCGUGUUCAUCAUUGAGACAAUGGGUGGCUAUUGCGGGUACCUGGCCAACAUGGGGGGACUCGCGGCUGGAGCCGACGCAGCUUAUAUAUUUGAAGAGCCAUUCGAUAUCAGGGAACUCCAGGCUAAUGUGGAGCACCUGACAGAGAAAAUGAAGACCACCAUUCAGAGGGGUCUUGUGCUCAGAAAUGAGAACUGCAGUGAAAAUUAUACCACUGACUUCAUUUGCCAGCUUUAUUCUGAAGAAGGAAAAGGCGUGUUUGAUUGCAGGAAGAAUGUGCUGGGGCAUAUGCAACAGGGUGGGGCACCUUCUCCUUUUGAUCGAAAUUUUGGAACAAAACUUUCUGCCAAAGCUAUGGAGUGGAUCACUACAAAACUGAAGGAGUCUCGGGCAAAAGGAAAACGAUUUGUAACUGAUGACUCAGUUUGUCUGCUGGGAAUUAGAAAAAGAAACCUUCUUUUUCAAAGUCUGGCAGAGUUAAGGAAAGAAACAGAUUUUGAGCACAGAAUUCCCAAAGAACAGUGGUGGUUGAAACUGCGGCCUUUGAUGAAAAUUCUGGCUAAGUACAAAGCAAGCUAUGAUGUUUCUGAUUCUGGUCAGCUCGAGCAUGUGCAUCACCACCGGGCUCAAGAAGAAUCAGAUACUACAGAGUUUUAAACAACCACGUAUUUAUCACAAUUCCAGAGCUAUACUGUACAUCUAGCAGUGCUUUAAAACUUAAUGUUUACUGUCCCUUUUUGUAACACUUAAGUUAUUUAAGAGCACUGUUGACCAAGUAUUGUUGACAUUAGCAUCAAAUUAGAGAGCCCUAGUCACCAGUGUUCUUCAGAUUCCCAAUAAGAUCCUAAGAAAUAAGCCUUCACAUUUAUGGCACCCAGUUUAAUGGGAGGUGUCUAUCGUGUCUAUUGUGUUGUGCUUUAAACUGUGUGUAUCUAGUGGAAUUAAACAUUUGGCUAAAACUUCAA